AUGAUGGAAGCGGGCAGUCCCGGUUUCGCGGGUCCCGGGGUUCGCGGGGCGCCGGCGCUGCAGGUGCGGCCCGGGUUGCUGCUGGGCCCGGCGGUGGCGGCGGAGCCAGGCGGCCUGCGGGAGGCGGGCGUGUCGGCCGUGCUCACGGUGGACUCGGAGGAGCCGGCCUGGGCGCCGGGCGCUGCGGCGCUGGGCCUGCGGACGCUCUACGUGGCGGCACUCGACUCCUCCGAGGCCGACCUUCUCGGCCAGCUGGACCGCUGCGUGGCCUUCCUGCUGCAGGCCCGCGCCGAAGGCCGCACCGCCCUGGUGCACUGCCAUGCAGGAGUCAGCCGGAGUGUGGCUGUGGUCACCGCAUUUCUCAUGAAGACGGAGCAACUGUCCUUUGAGGCAGCUUAUAGGACCAUCCAGGCUCUGAAACCAGAGGCGAAGAUGAAUGAGGGCUUUGAGGCGCAACUGAAGCUGUACGAGGCCAUGGGCUGUGAGGUGGACAGUGCUAGUGCCCUGUACAAGCAGUACUGCCUGCAGAAGGCCACAGGCGAGUAUCCAGAACUGCAACACCUUCCUCCCGAGCUCUUUGCCUCGGACCCUAGCACCCUUACUCCAGGACCACAGGACCAGAUUCUCUAUCGAUGCAGGAAGUGCAGGCGCCCACUGUUCCGGAGGUCUAGUGUUCUGGACCACAAUGAAGGCUGCGGCUCUCUGGCCUUCGCCCACAAGAGAGGGACCACGCCUCUGCUGGUGGGCUCAGGAGUCCCUGCUCAGUGCACCUCCUAUUUUGUGGAACCCAUUCAGUGGAUGCAGCCGGCUCUGUUGGGGGUACUGGAUGGGCAGCUGCUUUGCCCCAAAUGCAAGGCCAAGCUGGGCUCCUUCAACUGGUAUGGUGAACAGUGCUCCUGCGGGCGCUGGAUCACGCCAGCUUUCCAAGUCCACAAGAACAGGGUGGACGAGAUGAGACCAUUGCUGGUUCCGGGACUGCUGACUGGGGCACCCUGCUAGUGCCAGGUGCUGGACUACAUGAAUUGAGACUUGG